AUGGUGAAAACCCUGCAGGAUUUCUACUGCUGCGCCAGCGCCGGCCACGACAACUUGCCCUUCUCCUCCAGUUCCUCACCUGCAGGACAGGGAGUCCAGAACCCUCAGAGUUCAGCGAACACAACUCCUGAGCCGCGCAGUUCGGCACCCCGCACUGGUGCCGGCCGAUUCCUCAGCCCUGCGUACCAGAGUUCUGUGCUCUCCGUUCGUCACAGCUGUGGCCGAGGCCGAGGGCAGGGCGGGAACGGAGCAGAGCGGGGCCCGCAGCGCUGCCGGGGCUUCUCCUACCACCGUGUCGGCCGCGGCAGCCGCUGCACCGCCCGACCCCGCAGCGCUGCGGAGGAGAGCACCGUCGACGGCACGAAGCCUGCGAUCCUGUGCGGGAAAUCCCCCUUCGUGGCAUCACAGAACGGCUCGAGGUGGGAGGGACCUUUAAAGGCCGCCCGCUCCCGCUCCCCUGUGAUGAAAUGGGGCACCUGCAGCUCCACCAGGUGCUUGGAGCCCAUCCGGCCUGACCUCGGGUGUCUGCAGGGAUGGGGCACCCACCACAUCUCUGAGCAACCAGAGAAAGGUGACAGUUUGCGAGAGCGGUGCUCAAAUUUUCAAGCUGCAAAAGGUUGAAACCUGACUCUGUGCUGAGGAAAUGGAGAUUUGCACCCAACGUGAUUCCAGCAGCCUGGGCUUUAAUAAAAGGCUUCUGCAGCAC